AACGCGACAGUUCAGAUUUGCAUCUUCAUUGAGGUAGAGAACGUCCCUUCACACAGGUGGUACACAGCCAGGAAACGACGAGUCUACCAUACCACACAUCAAGUUGGCCGAUAGGAUUCCCCCCAAACACUCUCGGCAACAAGUAAAGGCUAUGGUGUGGCCCCGCAGGAGGAUCGUGCUGCUGGUGUGGGCAGUAGUAACCGUACCCAUGCUUUGUGACCAGACAGUCGCAAUGGACAGUGAAGGUUCCGACACCGACUUGCCACCUGACGAGGCAGCUUUGUUCGAAUCUACCGAUGGUGUCAAGAAAGCGGUGAUUGUGAAGGGUGAUAUGGACACCUUACAGCUCGGCGAGCCUGUGGACAGCGAAGACAAGCCCACGGGAGCAAAAGCCCCCGGACGAGGACAGACACUGAUCAUAGUGGCUGAUCCAAGAGACAGGACUAUAACUCGGUUGACCCCGCACCCGUUCCUUCCCACUGGCUAUUUCCAGUUUCUUCAGUACAUCAUUGGUAAUGGCGUACAUAAGCCAACAGCUGUGGACUACGACAGAACGGGGGAUUUCAUCUACUGGACCAGUGUUAAUGGAGCGGAUAGUGUUGUGGCCCGUUCUCCCUACGCAACUGGACCAGGGUGGCAACUUGAUGGAGAGCUGGCAUCAGAACCAGAAGGCAUUGCCGUGGACCCCAUUUCCAGGAACCUGUACUGGACAGACGCCGGUACAGACAGCAUCAUCGUCUCCCGCUUGGACGGCAGCUUCAGGAAGUCCCUCAUAACCCAGGGGCUGGACGAACCCAGGGCGAUCGUAGUGGAUCCCAACUCGGGUUGGAUGUACUGGACCGACUGGGGAAGCCCCCCUAGGAUUGAGCGUGCGCGAAUGGACGGUACUCAGAGGUCUGUUAUCGUCAACGUUGUGCAGGGCCAAUGGCCAAACGGACUGGCUUUGGACGCAGUAGGUCAGUGUAGUUUCUGCAACAUAGUGUUAGCAGACUUCGGCUUUGUGGAAAGUACUAAACGUAUCAAACGCACUAUGCAGGACAAGAUAGACCGACCUUAA